GGCGUCAACGUUGUCAAUACAUAUAUUAGGUUUUUGUAUGACAAAUUGAUGCGCCCCAAUGGUUUGGACGUGUCAUUCGGAUUCUUAGCACCCGCGACCGUCAACUUAGUUUUAAUCUUAAAUAGACCGGAUACCGUGACGGAGUACGUUCUUCGGAUCCUCAUGGACAAUAAAGAUGCGGAGAAGUUGUUUUUUAUACCGUUUAAUACCGGUGGACAUUGGUUGUUGCUCGCAAUCAAUCCUAUCCGAGAAAUUGUGUAUUAUCUUGACUCGUUAGGAAAUGAUUGGACAACAUACCCGGAUAUGAAGGUCCUAAUUGACACCGUCCUACAAGCUUUUCGGGCCCAACGAGUUAUCCAAACCUCAAGGAGGGCUGCGAAUCUUGAUGGUUCUUGCUUCAAUUCACCAAAACAGGUGGAGAUCUUGGCUUAUGGAAGAUGA